UUUGAGCCCUACCUUGAGAUUUUGGAAGUAUACUCUACAAAAGCCAAGAAUUACGUCAAUGGGCAUUGCACCAAGUAUGAGCCGUGGCAGCUGAUUGCCUGGAGUGUGGUGGGGACCCUACUGGUCAUCUGGGUGUAUAAGUUUAUCUUCCAAUCAGAGAGCUUAUGGUCAAGGUUUAAAAAGAAGUGCUUUAAGCUCAUCAGAAAGAUGCCCUUCAUCGGCCGCAAGAUCCAAGAAAAACUGAACAAGACCAAGGAUGAUAUUAGUAAGAACAUGUCAUUCCUGAAAGUGGGCAAGGAGUAUGUGAAGGUUCUGCCCGCCCAGGGCCUGAGCUCGUCUGCCGUUCUGGAGAAGCUUAAAGAGUACAGCUCAAUGGAUGUCUACUGGCAGCAGGGCCGAGCCUCGGGAACAGUGUACCACGGGGAGGAUCAGCUCACCGAGCUCCUGGUGAAGGCAUAUGGGGAUUUUGCAUGGAGUAACCCACUACAUCCAGAUAUCUUCCCAGGACUUCGUAAGAUUGAGGCAGAAAUCGUAAGGAUUGCUUGCUCCCUUUUCAAUGGAGGACCUGAUUCCUGUGGAAGCGUAACCUCCGGUGGGACAGAAAGCAUAUUGAUGGCCUGUAAAGCAUAUCGGGACCUGGCCUUCGAUAAAGGGAUCAAAACUCCAGAAAUUGUGGCCCCUCAGAGCGCCCAUGCUGCGUUUGACAAAGCAGCCAAUUAUUUUGGGAUGAAGAUUAUACGGGUUCCCCUGAACAAAAUGAUGGAGGUGGAUGUGCGGGCCAUGAAAAGAGCCAUCUCCCGGAACACUGCCAUGCUUGUCUGCUCUACCCCACAAUUUCCUCAUGGAGUGAUAGAUCCUGUUCCGGAAGUGGCCAAGCUGGCUGUCAAAUACAAAAUACCUCUUCAUGUAGAUGCUUGUCUGGGAGGCUUCCUCAUCGUGUUCAUGGAGAAGGCGGGCUACCCGCUGGAGCAGCCUUUUGAUUUCCGGGUGAAGGGGGUGACCAGCAUCUCAGCGGACACCCACAAGUAUGGCUACGCCCCCAAAGGUUCCUCGGUCGUGUUGUACCGUGACAAGAAGUACAGGAGCUACCAGUUCUUCAUUGCUACAGACUGGCAGGGUGGCAUCUAUGCUUCCCCCACUAUUGCAGGCUCACGGCCUGGUGGCAUUAGUGCAGCCUGCUGGGCCACCUUGAUGCACUUCGGUGAGAGCGGCUAUGUUGAAGCCACCAAACAGAUCAUCAAAACUACUCGAUUCCUCAAAUCCGAACUGGAAAAUAUCAAAGGCAUUUUUGUUUUUGGAAAUCCUCAAGUAUCAGUCAUUGCUCUGGGCUCCCACGAUUUUGACAUCUACCGACUGUCAAACCUGAUGACUGCUAAGGGGUGGAACUUGAACCAGCUGCAGUUCCCCCCCAGUAUUCAUUUCUGCAUCACAUUACUACAUACCCGGAAUCGAGUAGCCAUACAACUCCUAAAGGAUAUCAGGGAAUCUGUCACCCAAAUCAUGAAGAAUCCUAAAGCAAAGACUACAGGAAUGGGUGCCAUCUACGGCAUGGCCCAAACAACGGUUGACAGGAGUAUGGUGGCAGAGUUGUCCUCGGUCUUCUUGAACAGCCUAUACAGCACAGACAAUGUGACCUCAGGCAGCCAGAUGAAUGGCUCUCCCAAACCACGCUGAGCCUGGACUCCUAGCCCUCGGGGGCUUCUGGCCUUCAGAAGGUUCUUAGGGAUGGAAAAGACCACACACAACUUUGAUAUCUGGUCUCACUCUGGAGAGCACAACGAGACAGAUUACAAGACAGCUUGGUCCUCAGCACUGUUCUACCUGUUAGCAUCCUUUCAUAGUUUUUCAGUUGAAGACCCCUGAAGGAGUUCAGCACAUAAUGAUUUUGCUCUUGUUUUAAACGAUUGUCCCGGGAAUUGUUUUAACGAUUUCCUUCUCUAAUCUCUCUGGCUUUCACCUUAAUCAUUUUAGCAGCUCUGACCUGUCCUGCUUCUUUAGGGAAGUUGGGGCACAAUUAUAACAAAAGGGCUUCUCUGCUGUCUCAGGCAG